AUGGGCGAUUUAUAUGGCCUUUUGCAGGAACUUCAAAUUGAAAAAACCCUUAUAACUCAAGAUGACAUGAAAAUCCUCUUGCACGGGAUUCCAGUCAGCGAAAGUGAAGACGACUUAAGUGAUCAUAGCUCGAUCCGAUUUACACCUGAGCCAAGAGAUCUACAAGGUGUGCCACACCACCGAGCAGCUGAAAUAAGGCACCUUUGCCAAGACUACGAAAAACAAAUUAGAGACUUAAAGCUUCACAUCAGAGAGCUUAAUCGAGAAAAAGACCAUCUAGAAGAAACAUCAGAAGUUCAGCGGGUAAACUUCAGAAAAGAACUACAGGUUCAAAUUGAUGUAAAAAAUGCAGAGAUUGAGUCUUUAAAAAAUGAAAACAGGAAAUUAAUUUUAGAAGCUCCAAUAAUAAAAGAAAGAAGUGAUCUCCUUAAAGACCAACUUAAAGAGUUAGUUGUGUCUGAAGAGCAUUAUUAUGAGCUUAAAAGAAUCCCUGAAGGAGAAAGGAGCUUAAGAGACUGAAUUUUCGUCAAAGUUUAUGAUCUAGUUGACGGAUACAGAGGAAACUAUGAUAGAAUCAGAAAAGAAGUCGAGUCCUUGAGGGCUGAAAACACAAUUUUGUCAGAAAAAAAGCAAAGACUUGAAAAAGACCUUGCGCAUACUGAAGCCCAUACGGGGAGUUAUGUAAAAGAUUUAGAAAGAAAGUAUGCUGAAAUUACUGCAGAAAAUAAAAGAAUACAUACUGUUGUGGACCAAGUAAAAAAACUAGCAGAUGAAAAUGGAGAUAAAGCAAUCAGAUUUGAUGAAAUAUCUAGAGAACUCAAGAAAACAAUGGAGGAAAGAGCAAGACUUACAAAUCAAGUGGAAGCCCAAAUAACACAAAUAAGGCAGCUAACAGAAGAUCGAGAAGAAGCUAAAGCUUUGCUAGAUGGAAGAAACAAAGAAUUUGAGCUGCUAACAAAAGAUAAAUCAUAUUUGACUAACUCACUUCCUCUCCUGGAAAAAUCUCCUUGUUUCACCCUUGUGAACAAAAUAAUUGUUUUAUAUAAUUUUUUUUAUGACAAAUUUUUUGAUAUAUAAUGAUAAUUAUUAUAAUGAAUCUCUAGCUAAAUCAGUUAAAUUUUAAGCAACCCCAGUUUAAAAGAUAAAUUUUGCAAAUUAUCUUAAUAUUUAAGGAUUUUUUUAAAUUUUGAAAAAAAUUGUUAAUAUAAAAUUUAUAUAUAAAUUUUACCCUUUAGUGAAUCGAAUUUUUUGUUCGCUCAUGGAGAGGAGAUUAAGCAAAACACUCAGCUUCAGGAUAAAAUCCAAAGACUUGAGGACAGAAAUGAUCGCCUCGAAGUCGAAAUCGUAGAAGCUAAAAAUGCUGCUCAAAACUAUUUAAAUCGGCUACUAGAUGCCAAAAAUGAAAAAAGCAGCGAUUUUGAAGAAAGAUUUCGAAAAGAGCUCCAAAACAUGAGGGACAGGCAUGAAAAAGAAGUUGACGACCUUAAAACCAAUUUAAAUGAAGUUCACACUAAAAGAGUCGAGUAUCUUAAAGAAGCUAAAGAAGAGGCCGAAUUAAAAUUGUCGCGGCUUGAGCAGGACUAUAAAGAUAAAUGUGAUGCAUAUGAUGCUAUUAUGAUUGAGUUUAGAAACAUGCAAAAAAAGCUGGAAGAACAGCUGCAAGAGCUAAGAAGUGAGCUACGGCUAAAAACUGAUAACUUAGAAAGGACUCACAAUGUCUAUGAAGAUACAAUAAAAGCUUUAAGACAUUCUAAAGCAGAAAAUGAGAUGCUCAAAGAAAAAGUUGACGUUCUAAGGCAAGAGUUUUAUAAAGCUGAAACUAAGUGCACCCAGGAAAACGCUGAAUUAAAAGCUGAGCUUGCAGUUGCUCGAGAAAAUUUACACCAAUAUGCUCUAAUUGAACAAGAGCUGGAUGAUGCUAUUAGAAAUCAAGAUGUAGAAGGAUUUCAAGCUCCAACCACAGCUAAAAGAAGGAUUAAACAAAGUUUAGAGCUUGCAAAGCAGCUAAAAGAAAAGCAAGUACUAUUAGAAGCUGUAAGAGGAGAAAAUGCAAAACUUCAAAGCGAAUUUGAAAGGCUAGAGUCCGAAUUAGAUUUAGCCAAAAGGCUUUUAAACCAAACUGAGCAGCCUUAUGCUUAUCUAAUUAGCCAAAUUGAAGGGAAAGAAAAAGAAGUUUCAGAUUUAAAGAGACAAUUAACAAAAGCUCAACAAAAGCAUUCAGAACUUGGAGCAGAAUAUGAUAUUUUAGUGAGGAGAAAUGAAGAGCUUGAAAAUGAUAUCAAGCAAAUUUUAACAAAAAGAGAUGCAAUCGAAUCCUUGAAAGGAAUGCUGUCUCAGCUUGUUGAAGAUGGAAAAGAGACAGAAAUAAAAACGAAGCUCAGAGAAACUGCUAGUUCUAAGACUGCACAGGCAAACCAAAAUACUCCAGGCUGGUUUACAACACUGAAAAAAAAACUAGCUCUGUCUUUCAAUUGGAACAAAAAUCCUGUUCCAAUUAAAGGUUGUUUUUUAAAAAAAAAUUUAAAUUUUUUCGAUAAAAAUUCUUUAAAGUUUUAAAAAAUAAAAAAUGAAGAAAAAAAUUUAUUGAUUCAGUGUGAAAACUGUUUCAUCUUAAACUUUUUCUAAAAAACAUCUUAAAAAGAUAUAAAUUUGAAUUUUAAUUUAUUUUUUGAAGUAUUAACUCAAAAAAUAAUAAAAUCAGUGUAAAAAACUGCUUAAAUAAUAAUAUUAAAUUUUAUAUAAAAAUUAGUAUUUUCAUAGAUAAAAUUUCCCUAUUGGAGAAAAACAAACUUUGUUCCUAUUUAAAGGGGUUUUAAAGUACCUAAAAAAUGGAAAUUUUUAUAUAUUUUUUUUCCCAAUUUAGAGUAAAUAAAUAA